GCGACACGGAUUGUUGUGCUUGGCUGCACCGGGAGGAAUCAGCAGGACAGAGAGGGACAAGAAACAAGACCUGGAAAUUUUCACAAUUUGCUGCUGCUGUAGCCUAGCGCAGCCGCGCAGCUUUGAUAUCAUAGGACAGAGGGAUGGGUUCUCCGACAAACCGCACUACCAGCAGUCGGAACAACGGGCGACACAACCCCGAUGCCUCUACUCUCGCGCGUGGGAACUCGUCCUCGCCCUCCAUGAGCGGCACCGGGGCCUCCGGACCGUCUUCCGACUCUCGUAACGUGGCGGGAGGGCCGCUGGCUUCUUCCUCGUACAUCAGGUCGUCCGCAGUCGUCGUCGGCGGCGGCGGCGGCAACACGGCAGCAGCAGCAGCAGCAGCAGCAGCAGCAUCGCCGGAGGCGGGAUCGGCAACGGCGGAGGGUCACCUGGCCGGCUUCGCCCCGAUCGGCGUGCCGCGGCAGAUGGUGCCGACGAUAUCAGUGGGAUCGACACCCUUUUUCAGCUGCACCCAUAAGAACGGGGGAUUCUCUCUGGAAUGGCUCCACAGCACGGAGCACUCCUCCCACGAGGCUCCCCUCCCCCCGGACACCCGGGCUCCGACGCUGACGAGCGUGAUCGCCAACCACGCCGGGGAGCGCGAGGCGGCCGACUUCUUGGCGUCGGCGAAGGCGGUCAUGCCUCCCGGCGGCAAGGUGCCGGAGGUGUUCACUCACAGCCCGGAGGUCGUAGGCGAGAAGGAGGUGCAGACGGGCAUCGAAGCUCUGGACGUCGCCGAGCAGGAAAUUUUGGCCAACAUUCAGGAGCUUCAGCGGCAGCUGUGGGAGCACAAGAACAAGGAGGACCAGAGAGAUGAAAACAGGAGGAAGCAGGGCGCGAGGUCGGAGCUGGACUACGAGGAGAGCGGCGCGGAACAGAGCCGAGAGAAGAGCAGAGUGGUGGUGGUGUCCAACCGGCUCCCGAUCAGCGCGCAGCGCAACCUGGAGACCGGAAAGUGGACGUUCAAGAUGUCGAGCGGCGGGCUGGUGACGGCCCUCCAGGGCGUGCGGCACGAGAUGGACUUCAUGUGGAUCGGUUGGAUGGGCGUGGAGGUGGAGGAGGCGGAAAGGGACGAGGUAUCUCAGCGGUUGAUGGAGGAGCACUCGUGUGUGCCCGUCUUCCUGGAGCAGGAGCUGAUGGACAAGUACUACAAUGGCUUCAGCAACGACGUGCUCUGGCCGCUGUUUCACUACGUCCCCCUGCCGAUGUACAAGGCCGGCAGCGAGAAGAAGUUCGAUAACGGGCUGUGGGAGGCCUACAAGAUUGCGAAUAAGAGGUGAGGAUGAGGGGAGGGGGAGGGAGGGCGGACACGGACUGACACUGGUCAUGCCUGCGUGUUUGCUGCUGCUGCUUCUACUGCCGUAUGAGGGAAGGAGCGGGGUUAGCCACUGGUGUCUCGAGCAGGGACGCCUCUGGCGCGCGAUAUCGUUGUGGUCGAGCUUGGUCCGCCCUGCUGGCUCCUGCGUAAAAACUCAGACCAGGGAGAUGGAUUGUGUUGUUGUACAGCCGUCCUCGACAGACCGCAGAAGUCGUCCAGUAGACGAAAUACCUUUGUAGCUAUUUGCGAAACCAUCACCCUUCCCGCGCACGCCCCUCACGGCGGCCUCCCCGUGAUUCCCCCCCUCUCGAAGACGCGUGGUCAGUGGUCUAACAACUAAGGCACGCAAGACCCUGAGUAAGCCCCCCGACGCCCCCCUGCAUUCUAGACUUCAGUGGGUUGGCGCUGUUGGCAAAGCUCUGUAAAACACGCCACCCCAAAUAUAGCCCCCAUAGUAUGCGAUACCAAAGACGCGUGACGCAUCGAUGCGUGGAGUGAGGAUAGCUUACGGAAACCUCACAGGUUGAGUGAUGUACGAGAUUGCCGGACAGAUAGACGUGUAGAGUGAUUAUAGCUGUAUACUGAAACCCCAAGGGUUGAGUGAGGUUUGAGAUUGCUAGACACAUGGACGGGUUGAGUGGGGAUAGCUGCAUACUGAAACCCCACGGGUUGAAUAAUGUUGGAGUGCCGGGCACAUAGACGCGUUGAGUGGGGAUAGACACAUACUGAACCUCACAGGUGAUUCGUGAUGGAGAUUGCCGGACAAAUAGACGUGUUGAGUGAAGAUAGCUGCAUACUGAGACCUCACAGAUGCAUUGUUUGCCAGACACAUAGACGCG